CUUGUGUCAGAGAAGCAGAGGUGGCUGGUUCCUCUCUUCCCACCGAAGCUCGGACUGAAACCCGGAACUGGUUUUGAGGAGGCCUCUUCCUUAACGAGUAGGGGUGGGGUUGGUUUUCUUCUUUCCGCAGCUAUUCUGAUGCGGCAUGGCGUCUGUCGGCAUGCCUGAUCCGAGCUUCUUGUGGGGAGUCUUCCAAAGGGUUGAUAAAGACCGUAGCGGUAUCAUCUCCGACACCGAGCUCCAACAAGCACUUUCAAACGGAACAUGGACUCCAUUUAAUCCAGCAACUGUAAGAUCUAUUUUAUCUAUGUUUGACAGAGAAAACAAAGGUGGUGUAAACUUCAAUGAAUUCACAGGAGUCUGGAAAUACAUCUCUGACUGGCAGAAUGUUUUUCGCAGAUAUGAUAGAGACAACUCUGGAAUGAUUGACAAACAUGAAUUAAAGCAAGCCCUAACAGGUUUUGGAUACCGGCUGACUGACCAGUUCUACGAUCUCUUGAUUCAAAAAUUUGAUAGGCAAAGAAGAGGGCAAGUGGCUUUUGAUGACUUCAUUCAGUGCUGUGUUGUGCUUCAGAAAUGGACAGAUGUCUUCAGACGCUAUGAUACUGAUCAGGAUGGCUGGAUACAAGUGUCUUAUGAACAGUAUCUUUCUAUGGUUUUCACUGUUGUAUGACAGUAAUUAUUGUGUGUGAUUGAGGAAUAGAACUUUCAUACAGGUAGUUUCGACUUACAACCACAAUUGAGCCAAAAUUUCUGUUGCAAGGCAAGGCAGUUAUUAAGUGACUUGUUCUCCAUUUUUUACUUCUUUGCAAUCACUGCGGUUAUGAAGUGAAUCUUGCAGCCAUUAAGUGAAUCUGUCCCCUCAUUGACUUUUCUUAUUGGAAGCCAGCUGGGAAGGUUACAAAUGGUCCUCACAUAACCCCAGAAAAAUGCAACUGUCUUAAAUACAUGCAAGUUGCAAAGUGCCAAGUGACCAUGGAGAUGCUGCAAAAAUUGUAAGUUUGAAAAAUGGACGUGUCACUUUUUUCUGUGCAGCUGUAAAUAAGAAUAGUCACUAAACAAAUGGUUGUAGGUCAAAGACUACCUGUACAAGAAAAAUAGAUUACUUUCCUCCAUACAAUACAAUAUAUGUUUAGAAACACAUUGCUUAAAUAUUCUGUUUCUCAUUGCAAAAGGUGCUAUAGCUACCAGAUUCUGCAUUAUAUCAUGUAUAUUUUAUUGUUGGAAGUUAUCUUUAAAUGCCAAAAAGUAGAAUUCUUAUUCAGAUUUGCACAUUAUUGCAUGUAUCUUUUUAACAUAUAAAAUAGAAAAUAAAUGAAACAUUUAUCCUGUGUCUUCA